UUCACUUCCUGUAGGGACUGAAAACCAAGUGAGGAGAUGAAGAAUUGCACCGUAUUACACCAGAGAAUACAGAGAGGAUAGACACCGCAGAUAGUUCCUAACCAUCACCCAAGUAACAACUGCACAACUGUGGGCAGACAGCCAGUCCCUUCACAGCAACGUCCAGCACAGAGAAGGUUGGGCAGUGAAACCAUCGUCUGGAAAUUGGUUGGGUCAGGGGAGCUUUGACAUAUCAUCAGAUCUGAAACUGGUCAAUGGUGUGGAGCCUUCCAUCAGAAUCAGCCUUUCCGAAGGUUCGGCUGUGGGCGAUCGGUCAGGGUGAGAUUGGGAAGAAGUGUGAGCGGCUCCAAGUAUGGUGAGAGCUUCAAUCAUUCAUCGAGCCUCAUGAACCACUGACUCAUUCCUACAGGUGAGAGGCUGUUCAAGUCUGAGGUGUGAGGAGAGCUCCAAAGGCUCAUAAGAUCUCCUAACACAAAAGGUGCAUCUAUUUAACAACUGUUACCACAAGGGUAGCUUCAUGGAAGAGAAACCAUUCAAGUGUGAGUUGUGUGAUCGAGCUUUCGCACAGUCAUCGACGCUUGUGAAUCACCGGCGCAUUCACACAGGGGAGAAGCCGUUCAAGUGUGAGCUGUGUGACCAGGGCUUUGCACAAUUAUCAGGCCUGGUGAAUCACCGGCCCAUUCACACAGGGGAAAAACCAUUCAUGUGCGAGCUGUGUGACAAAUCCUUCUCGCAGUCAUCGACCCUCCUCGUGCACAAACGCAUUCACACAGGGGAGAAACCAUUCAGAUGCAAAGUGUGUAUCAAAUCAUUCUCUGAUUCAUCAACCCUACGCCGACACCAACGCAUUCAUACAGGGGAGAAACCAUUCACAUGUCAGGUGUGUGACAAAUCAUUCUCAUCGUCAUCAGAUCUCCGUAUACACCAACGGAUUCACACAGGGGAGAAACCGUUCAUGUGUGAGGUGUGUGACAAGUCUUUCUCAUCAUCAUCGGAUCUCCGCGUACACCAACGCAUUCACACCGGGGAGAAACCAUUCAAGUGUGAGGUGUGUGACAAAUCAUUCUCGCAGUCAGGGAACCUCCGCACACACCACCGCACCCACACAGGGGAGAAACUGUUCAAGUGCAAGGUGUGUGACAAAUCAUUUUCUGACUCAACGAGACUCCUGCUUCAUCAGAGGAUUCACACAGGGGAGAAACCAUUCAUGUGCAAGGUGUGUGGCAAGUCAUUCUCAGUGUCAUCGAGCCUCCGUGUACACCACCGCACUCACACUGGGGAGAAACCAUUCACAUGCAAUGUGUGCAAGAAAUCGUUCUCGAGGUCAUGCAACCUCCGUGUCCAUCAAAGGAUCCAUACAAGGGGAGUAACCCUUGACGUGUAAGGUUUGUGAUGAAACUUUCAUGCCUCUUUAACCAUCCAGGACACCAGAGGAUUCACACAUGGGAGAAAUUCGUUAGGGGCAAUGUUUGUGACAAGGCUUCCACCCACUCUUCUGAUCUCCUGAAGCACAAGUGAAACCACACUGGUGAGAAACCAUUUGGCUGUGAGGUAUCUCCUGGUCCAUCAACACCAUUCAGACAGGGAGAAACCCUAUCAGUGUGAGACCUGUAAUAAAGUCUUCACUGCUGUUUGACCUUCUGGAACACCUUUGAGCCUACACCUAAUAAAGUUACUCCCAAUUUGUUGUCAGAAUGUGAAUCUCAACACAAUCUCACUGCAAAGGGUGUUCAGUGAUAUUGGGGCACAGAACAAGAUGCAACUUUCACUCACAUCAAACAACUCGUGUCAACAACGCCAAUGCUGAGGUACUGUGAUGUCAUUGAUGAAGUCAUCCUGCAGUGAGAUGCCAGUGAAGCAGGACUUGGAGCAAUUCUCAUGCAGCAAGGACAAUCAGUUGUGUUUUUAUUCAAUCAUUAACACAAACUGAAGCACCCAGAUUGAGAAAGAGAGCCUGGCUAUUGUCUUUGCUACUGAGCAUUUCAACUGGUACCUGUUUGGGAGUGAGAAAAUGAUUAUAGAGUUUGACCACAAGUCAUUUCGAAGCAUCUUUCUCAAACUAUCUGCUCCAAAGUGUUUAUAAAGAUUGUUACUUCGUUUGCAGAGAUAUCAUUUGGAAGUGAAGUACAAGCAAGGGAAACAGAUGUACUUCACCGACAUGCUGUCGAGAGCUGCACUCUCUCUGAAGGAAACUGAUGAUGCUGGUACAGAGUGUGAAAUCUUCCAGAUUCAACAAGAAGCAAUAGCACGGAUCUGGAAGUUAUCAACCCAGCAGAGACAUUGAAUCUGACAGACAAGCGUCUUGCUCAGAUCAAGAAAACUACACGAUGAGAUGCAACUCUUCAAAUGUUACAGGAAGUUGUGAUGAAAGGAUGGCCUGAAACCAUCAAGGAUACACCUGUUGCUGUAAGAGUGUAUUGGGCAGACAGAGAUGAAGUGAUCACACAAGAUGGCAUCUUGUACAAAGGGACUAGGGUCAUUAUCCCUAAAGAGAUGAGAAAAGUCUGAGGAAGACAAGAGAAGUGCUCUACGAGAAAAGCAAAAUAGCAACUGCUCUACUGGCCAAACAUGAGCAAUGAGAUUAAGGACCACAUCAGCCAGUGCUGUGUUUGUAAUGAACAUCAAGCUAAGCAAGAUAAAGAGCUGCUCAUGACUCAUGACCUCCCAGACAGACCAUGGAUGAAGCUUGGAUUAGACCUCUUCACUCUCACUAGAAUUGAUUAUCCCGUCACAGUCGACUACUAUUCAGACUUCUGGGAGUUAGACCAGCUGAUGUCAACGACUACCAGUGAGAUUGUAGAAUGCCUGAAAGCACACGUCAGUCAUCAUGGUAUUCCUGACAUUGUGAUGAGUGACAAUGGCCCUGAAUUCAUGAGUGAAGAGUUCAGGCACUUGAUGAAUGACCGGGAAAUUCAACGCUACACAUCAUCUCCACACUGUCCCCUGUCAAAUGGAAAGGCAGAGGCAGCGAUGAAAACUGCCAAAGGAUCAUCAAAUCAUCAACUAGACCCAGCACAGAUGUGUACAAGGCAAUCUUACAUUGGAGAAACACACCUACUGAAGGCAUGGAAAGUUGUCCAGUCCAGUGACUAAUGUCACGCUGCACCCAGACUACUCUUCCAACAGCUAAAAAACUAGAGGCCAGAAGUAGUAACAGGGAGUGAUUGACAAGAUCAAAGUGAAGCGACAGAAAGAUAAAUUUCACUUUGAUGAAGCUGCCAAAUUGUUGCCAGAGCUGAGAGUUGGAGAGCUAGUCAGAGUGAAAACUUUCAAUGCACUCAACAAAAGUCAGCUCACUUGACUCGUGUAGAGAAGUUGUCACCUCGAUCGUACACGGUGAAAGUGAACAACCAGAUCUAUCAUCACAACCGCAGACAUCUACGUGCAACCGGAGAAGCUGCUCCUUCACAGCAGACAGCUGAUGAGGCAGAUCUGAUUUCACCAUCUGAGCAAGGAACUGAACGACCAUCAGUCCCAGAGGUCAACUGUUCCCCAACAAAUGCAAUGGAUCUGCAGCAAAAAUUACCACAGCAACAACACUCGCCACGGCAACAACAUUCCCCAGAGAGACAACGUCACUUCAGGAACCAGCAGACACCGGAUGAACAGCCAACAACAACUCACACACGUACCAUAAGAAGACCUGAACAAAUUAAAGAUUGUGUAUGUAGGGAGAGACAAAAUCGGACAAAGUUUUGUGUUCAUGUAUGAUCAUUUUCUUCAUGGGCUAUGUAUGUGGAGUAACUUGUAAAUGACAAUGCAUGCAAUGUUUUUUCUUUUUCUGAAAAGGGGAUGUCUGGAUAAAUCCCUUUUUACGCUGUGGCUUCUCAUAUUGAUGUGAACACUGAUGUCAUCACAUGCAAAUCAAGGUUUGAGAGCAGGAGCCAUUUUACACACUACAUGGAACAUUGUUUAAAAUUCACUAAUUUUUCCAAAACCACUUCAUCCAAUUCAGCGUCAUGAGGACUAGCAGCCUAACCCAACAGGCAAUGGGUGCUAGGCCAAGACAGGACGCAGUCCAUCACAGGGCACAUAUUCACAUGCACAUACACACACGUGGGGACAAUUUACUGUAGCCGAUCCACCUAAUCAGCAUGUCUUUGGAUAGGGGAAGAUAACCGGAGUACCCGGAAGAAACCCACGUGGACAUGGGAAGAAUGUGCAAACCCCACACAGACAGACACCUGAGGUCAGAAUCAAACCUGGGUCCCUGGAGCUGUAAGGCAGCACUAACUGUGCCCCUGCACUGCCUUUGUUUAAAAUUCAUAUGGCUCCAAAUAUUUAGUUUUCUGAAGCUUGGGAAACUGACCAGUGAAUUGGAGGUGACUUUGAGCAGCAGAUUAGUUGGGGAUUUCAACUUGUCAUUGUCCCAUCUGAAUAAAACCUCACUUAUUG